AUGAAGAACAAGGAGCCUUGGUAUGCAACCACAGCCGAUGGAGUCCCCCUGGUGGCUGCUGUCCCAUUGGUGGAUGCACAGGAAGAAGAAGAAGAGAUUCCCGUUUUGGUGGUUCCCCCCGUCACAACUUCGGAAGUCGUGGCGUUCGCCGCAGCUGCUGAAACCACAGAUCAUCCGCAGCCUUCGGCGCCCACAUUGGAAGAAUCAUUUCAGCAGCAGCUGAGUUUGAAGGAAGUUCCUACAAGUACUACCCGCCGCGAACAGAAACGAGAAUUCAAGCGAGAAUGGAGGACCAUGAAGCGCCAAGCCAAGCAGGAAUGGCGUCAAAUGAAACGCGACGCCAAACUGGAAGCGAGGGCAUUGAAACGAGAGUUUCGAAGCGAGAAACGUGCGCUGGGACGCAACCUCAGUGACGUGAAGCAAGAUCUCAAGCAGGAAAAGCAAAUGAUGAAGGAUGAUGCCAAGCAAAUCAAGUGGGAUGCCAAAUCUAAAAUUCAGGAAAAGAAGAGAGAGUUGCAUCACAUGAAACGAUGCAUGAGGAAGAACAUGCUCGCAGGUACCUUUUGUUGUCACUAA